GCCAGGCUGCGAGUGAAAGCACUCGUGCCAUCCCGCUAAUGAUAACGAGCAUGGGGACGACCUUUGCCCCGAUCACCACUGUAGGAUCGAUUGGCAUGAUCCCAAUCAUGUCGACCCCUACUCCUACGCCAACAACAACAAUGUUCCCAGGCUCGAUAACAAUGCCUGGGGGAGCAUUCACACCAUACCCGUCUAGCUUGGCUCAAUUUGUUGCUGACCCGGCAAGUGCUCAAGCUCUGCAGGGCUAUCAACAGGUGAUGGCCAUGAUGCAACAGGAAGAGGGCUUCAUGCCAUUUGCCUAUCCUGGCAUGAUGGCACCAAUUAUGCCACCCCUAGUGUCGACCCCAUCGACAUUUGUCCCUAGGAUGAUCCCUAUACGCUCGGUGAAUUUGACAGGGACCAUGAACGAAGCGGCACCUUCAAAUGUCCAUGAAGUCGACGAGGCGGAGCAAGAGGCGGCCCGCAGAAGAAAGGGUAAGGCUAUAGCCAAACCUAGCAAGACCCGAGAUUCAGCGUUCAAACGCCUAAGGGACAAAGAGGAUGGACCCCGCAAGUCUACCAAGCUACGUCUUGGUCUUGAGAUGGGCCAGACUAGCGCAAUGGAAAGACUUGGCGGGAAUCGUCCCGCCCAAUCUCGUCGGAGCGUAGCGAGAAAGCUACGUGCCCUGGAGGAAAAGGUGGAAGAAAAGGCGGGAGUGAAAAAGCACACUCUGGCCAAAUCUCCCUUUUCGGACAGGGUACAUGCACAAAAGUUAAGGCGGAAGGUCAAGCUAGACGUGGAGAAAUUCACUGGAAAGGAGGAUCCAAACCUCCACCUUGACACCUUCCAUAAUGUUGCGCAAAUGGCCGGGUGCACUGAUGCUGAGGAGUGCCUAAUCUUCUUCUCAUCCUUGAGAGGGAGACCAGUGGAAUGGUUUAAUGGCCUUCCCCAUGGCAGGAUUGGGUCCUUUGAGAAACUUGCCGAAGUUUUCCGUAAGAAGUACCAGGACAAUUGCAUCAAAAGGAAGAAGUUAACCUAUCUUAACACGGUAGGGCAGAGGGAGAAGGAGUCCUUGACUCAAUUCUUAACCCACUGGAGGGAUGAGGUUGAUAAAGUAGAAGAGAUGGAUGAUAAGACAGCCAUGUCUUUACUGAUGAAUGCCUUCCAGUCUGGUGACCUCUACACUGAAUUCUGUAGGAGGCCACCCUCCUCCUACCAGGAAGCUUACAAUACGACAUGGGAGUAUGCCGAGGCGGAGGUCCUUAACAAAAGCAAGCAGGAGCUGGAGGAAGGCUAUACCAAGGUGAAAACCGACAAGCCGAAGAAAGACGAUCAGACGGGGGGGUCCAAGCCGAGGGCCACGUAUGACGGGUCUGUCCAUCAAAUAAGGGAUGAGAAGAAAGGAGAACAACCCAAGCGGGCUUGGACAGAGAAGUGGUGUACCUACCACCAAUCCAACUCCCACAAUACGGCAGAUUGCCGAAAUGUCAAGGCUGUACUCAAGGAGAUGGCCUUGAAGGGAGAGCUUGGGGAAGGCCAUUACAAACUCCAUUGUUGGAGCCAGAAUAGAAGCGAAAGGCCUGGAAUCAACCAGGUCAGGGCCAUCAUUUCUAUGGCACACCUGUGCAUGAAAUUCUAUACUCCCAAUGGGAUCGGGGAGGAAAGAGGUGACCAAAAGAAUGCGCGGUCCUGUUACCUGGAAGCAGUCAAUAAGAUGACCCGCCAGUUCGAACAAAUUGAACUGGUCUCCAAGCAGGUAGACAAGGGUGAGGGGAAGGCUAGGAUCGAGCCGGAUGCAAACACAGAGGAGAUCCAGAUUGAUACCUCUAAUCCUGAAAGGAAGGUCAGGAUCGGGGCUGAUCUUCAAGAGGAGCUAAGGACUGAGAUUGUCCAGGUGCUGACCAGGUAUAAAUCUUUGUUUGCCUGGAGUGUUGUCGAUAUGCCCGGAAUUGACCGGUCAGUCAUUUGCCAUCGUCUCUCUUUUCUUGAGGGGUCUAGACAUGUAAGACAGAAGAAGAGAUUCUUGGCAAGUGAAAGGAGGUACUUUGUCAAGAAGGAGGUCAAGGACCUACUUGAGUUCAACAUUGAAUAUCGUCCGAGGAUGGCGAUAAAAGGGCAGGCUAUGGCUGAUUUUCUUGUGGAGAUGACGGGUCACCAGGAAGAAGAACUGGCCAGGGCCAUCACUGAGCCUUGGUGGUCCAUGUCAGUCGAUGGAGCCUCUGGACCGAAACGUUAUGGGGGAGGGGGUCUGAGAUUGGCCAAAACCCUACAAAUCACAUGCCUCAAGAUCAAGUCCGAUUCAAGCCUGGUGGUAGGCCAUAUCAAUGGCAACAUGGAGGCCAAAGGAGAGAAGAUGCAGAAGUACAUAGACUUGGCAAGGGCACUAUUGAAGGACCUAACUCAGUAUGUGAUGGAGCAAAUCCUUAGGGGGGAGAACACUAAUGCUGACUUGCUAUCAAAAUUGAUGCAAGCAGCCCCGGAGCAUGUGUCCAAACUGGUCAGGAUUGAGACGCUGGAGAAAGCCAGCAUUGAAGGGUUUUCUGUUAGCGUGAUAGAGGAAGAUGGACAGUCCAAUCCAGAUCGAGUGGAGCGAGAUGAUGUUUGGAUGGAUGAUUUGGUCAGGUAUUACAUGACCGGGCAAUUCCCUGAAGACGAGGACAUGGUAAGAAAAGUAAAGUUGAGGGCUCCAAGAUUCCAAAUGCUUGAUGGAAGGCUAUACAAAAGAGCAUUCGGCGGUCCCCUGCUAAGGUGCUUUACCAGGGCAGAGGGGGAAAGAGUAAUCGCCGAAGUUCAUGACGGUGUCUGCGCAGCCCACCAAAUGUCCAGGACACUCGCCCAAAGGAUCAUUUUGCUAGGUUAUUUUUGGCCUACAAUGAACCAAGAUUGCGAGAGAUAUGUCCAGAGGUGCAAGACCUGCCAGGUGUUCUACAAAUUUCCAGGAAGGCCUGCAACAUACUACCACCUAGUUUCCAAUGUUAUUUCGUGUGCAAGGUUUGGGAUGGACAUCAUUGGAGCCUUCCCUCAAGCACAAGGGAGAAAGAAGCCUCAAUUUCGGAAUCCAGGGUUCACCAAGUACUUGGAGGACUUUAGGAUUACUCACAACAAGCCUUCCGUGGCCUACCUGCAAGGGAAUGGACAGGUGGAAAAUGUGAACCGUACUAUAGUCGAUGGUAUCAAGAAGCGGUUGGGUGAGGCCGGAACGAACUGGUUAGAAGAGUUGCCACAUAUCAUUUGGGCAUACCAGGUCACUUCGAGAAGGGCCACAGGGGAGACACCCUUCGUCCUUACAUAUCGGUGUGAGGGAAGACUACCCAUCGAAACUAAAAUAAUGACCUUCUGGGAGAAGAUCUAUGAGGAAAAAGGGAACGAAGAGGACCAGAUGGCAGAGUUGAAUUUGUUAGAGGAGAGGCGGAUGGUCACCGAGGCUAAAAUGAUCGAAUAUCAACAAGCAGCCAAGGCCUACCAUGAUAAUAGGGUAGGGCCUCGGUACUUCCAAGUAGGUGACGAGGUCUUGAGACGAAGGGAGGCCAGCAAACAAGGAGACGGGGGAAAGCUCGCAAAGAAAUGGGAAGUCCCAUAUAGGGUCACAGCAAUACUUCGCCCUGGGACAUACAAUUUAGAAACAAUGGAAGGUCGAGAGUUGGAAAGCUGGAAUGAGAUGGGGUUUUAUGGUGGACACCACUGCCUUUUCACCAAACUUAAGCACCUGAAGCACAAGCUUUCUUGCUGGAACAAGAAUAAACUUGGUAAUAUUUUCUCCCUUGUCAAAGAGGCUGAAGAAGAAGCUAGAAUGGCAGAACAAGAAUUUGACAAUGAUCCCAACAUCACAAACAAGGAAAUACUUAACCUUAAGAAGUCCCACCUGGCUUUUGUCACCAAUUUGGAAUACACCUUUUGGAAGCAAAAGAGCAAUAUUAAAUGGCUGGCAGAUGGUGAUGUUAAUACUAAGUUCUUUCACAAUUUUGUCAAAGAGAAAAGGAGAAAGCAACAUAUCUCCUGUUUGCUCAACGACAAUGGGGAAUCGAUAAACACAACAAAUGAACUAGAGCAACUGAUCACCUCCCAUUACAACUCCCUUUUCAACAACAGUGAACCAUCAUGUGCCUCCUCAGAUUAUGAUCAAUUUAUGAGUGCUAUACCCCAUGUAUUGCUCCAGUCACACAAUGAGGAUCUUCUCAGGCUUCCCCUUGAAGUGGAGAUUAAAAAUACACUUUGGGCGAUGGAUCCUAAUUCAGCUGUUGGACCAGAUGGUUACAUUGUUUUCUUCUUUAAACACUGCUGGGACAUCAUAAAAAAGGAACUUAUCUCAGCCUGCCAAGAAGUCUGGUUGGGAACUCCAUUACCUGAUGCUGCCACUUCAUCCAACCUUGUCCUCAUUCCCAAGGUGGAUAAUCCCAGCAGUGUACAUGACUUUAGACCUAUUUGCUUGUCCACUGUGACAAUCAAACUGGCCUCAAAAUGUCUUGCAAACAGACUGUCUAAGUUAUUAACCAUCCUCAUCUCAGAAGAACAGGGUGCAUACAUGAUGGGCAAAGAUAUUAGUGAACAGAUACUUCUCAUAAAGGAAAUGGUUCACAAUCUUGAUAGAAAGGCUUGGGGUGGAAAUAUCAUUGUUAAAUUGGACUUGUCUAAGGCUUUUGACAAACUGAAGUGGAGCUUUCUAUUCGAUGUACUCUUGAGAUUUGGUUUCUCCAACAGAUUCAUCCACAUUAUUCAUAACUUGAUGAACUCUUCCAAAUACUCAUUGGUUGUUAAUGGAAAACCAUGUGUCUUCUUCAUUCAGACUAGGGGUAUUAAACAAGGGGAUCCUUUAUCUCUUCAACUCUUUAUUAUUGCAAAUGAGGCCUUCUCCAAAAACCUUAACAUGCUCAUGAAUCAUGGUGUCAUUGGAAGAUACAACUGUGGUAAUAACUCCAUUCCUAUAUCUCACUUAUCUUAUGCUGAUGACAUCAUCAUCUUUUGUAACAGCAGCUGCAGAUCACUUGUCAAUCUCAAGUUUUUCCUCAAAACUUACCAAGAAUGCUCUGGCCAGAAUAUCAACAAACAAAAAUCAAGCUUCUUUGUGGGCAAAUAUCAAAACAGUAGGAAGAUUGCAGAACUGGAAAAACGACUAGACAUGCAGCAUAAAAAACUUCCUUUCACCUAUCUUGGAAUAUCAAUGGAUAAGGGCAUCACCAGAACUCAGCAUUGUAAUCAAUUGCUCACUGCUUUUGACAGAAAGCUUGGAAGCUGGCUGUUUAAGCAACUUGAUCAAGCUGGUAGACUCAUACUGAUUAAUCAUGUCUUGAAUACUCUGCCUAUAUUCUUCUUAGGCUCCAACACCCUCCCCAAGUCAGUCCAAAACAUUCUUAAACAGAAAAUGUCCAGAUUCUGGUGGAAAAACAAGCACCAUUAGGUUAAUUGGGAGGACAUCUGUACACCAAAAGAAGAAGGUGGUUUGGGGAUCAGAGACCUUAGCUCGUUACAAGACUCUUUCAAUUUAAAACUCUAGUGGAAUUACCACAGCAACACUAGCCUUUGGGCUAAAUUUAUGCACGCAAAAUAUGAACGAGAUGGUGAAAUGGAAGCCCAUAUUAUUGACUCCCCCGUCUAGAAGCGUAUUGUUGAAAUUGAUGAGGUUGGUGUGGCGAGCACUACUGAAAAUGAGGAGGGAAUCUUGAAUUGGGAACCAACCUCUGAUAAACUCUUUAGUUUAUC